AUGCCGCCACUCCGCCGCUCGAACCGGGACCGGCACAUGGUCUACUCCAGUCUGAAAGAGAACCAGAUUGGCAUGGAGAGCGCAUUGAUCAAAAGUCUAGUCCACGAAGCCAAUAAACGGGUAAGAAACUUUAGUCGCCUCUUACUAUAAAAUUCUACAAAAUUAAAAAGGCUCUGAUUUAAAAAAAAAUUAGCCUUAGGGUCUAUAGAGACGAACAAAUGUCUAUUGCCGGAUUCCGAGUAUAAUUUUUGAUCAAAUUAAGAUAUCAAAAUGCCUAAAAUAAUGUUAUUUCUUUUCCAGGAUGACUAUUUCCUCCGCCGAUCGGGUCGAAAAAGUAGAAGAAAGUCGUUCGAAGAGUAUGUAAAUUAUUCCCCAGCCCACAAGUCCGGAGAGAUCUCAGAAGCCGAACUGAAUGACGAAAACAGCCCUCAUCGCUCCAGAAGACAAUGCGUCCUCAGAAGAGCCGUCAUAUACGACGAGGAGUUCGAUGACGAGCCAGAAGACUACUAUCUAGUCCAGCGAAGGAGUAGCCGAAGAGUCGUGGAUAAGCGUCAUCAAUCGGCGAAGGCACGGCUCGCCGAAGAACCCCAAUCAAGCAGCCGAAAACCCAGUCGCCGCUCCCAAAUUGAACCCGAGAGUAGCCAGAAUGAUGAGGACAGUCAAUUGCCAGAGGAUGAGCAACUCCCCGAAGAAGAAGCAGAGUUCUCGUCGCUGUCGGAGCGGGUCAAAAGACGUCGCCAACACCAGACCGAAGAAUUUGAUGAAACCGAAGCGAAAAAGGCGAGAUUGGAAAAGAACUUGCGCUCAAAACGGGUGAAAUACGAGGAUGAGGAGGAUGAAGUUACCGGUGAGGAUAGUCAGGAUGCAGUGAAGGAUGAACAGGACAUAUCGGCGAGGUUUUCGCAAACGCCAGAGGUAGGCAUGGUUAAUAUAAUUUUUGGGGAAUUUUGGAAUUUUUUUGGUCAUAUUUUUUCUGAAACUUAUACCGCUCUUUCGUAAGGUUAGAGAGUAGUAUAAGUUUUAGAAAAUUACUAUUACUGGCAUUUCCUGCCAGUAAUAGUAAUGUUCGGCAGUGAAAGAAACACUUGACCCAAUGUGCCAACUCUUCCCUUUGCUAGUUGUAGCUCCAAAUUUGAUAUUAUAAGACGGUAUUUUAGCCCGAUGAUAAUGGAAAACGAUAUUUCUUCCGCCGAAAUCGCAACCAAGUCAUCAGAUUGCAAGACGAAUUCGCCAAGGGAAGAAGAAAGAGCCGUCGUUCGACCCGCCGUUCCACCGGUCGAACCCAUUCGAAACGGGGCCAAUACCGUGAAUCCUCAAGCUCGUCCACCUCGGACUCGGACGAAGACAUCUCAGUCAAGGAUCUGAAAGCCGAAGCCAAGUUCGAACGGAGAAAAUUGAAGUCGUUGGAAAAGGGACGUUCCAAGUUCCUGCCGCUCAAUAUGAAUGCCGCUGAGUGGAAACAACGCCAUCAACUGAACAGCUUGGUAUCACUGAACUCGGCGGUACAGGCGUUGGGAGAUAUCGAGCCAAUGGGAUUGGAUAAAUCGAUUCAAUUCAAGGACAUUGGAGGAUUGGAUCAGCACAUCCAGAGCUUGAAGGAAAUUGUCGCAUUCCCCCUGUUAUAUCCCGAGAUUUUCGAGAAAUUCCAUAUCACCGCACCUAAAGGCGUCCUGUUUUAUGGACCCCCGGGAACGGGGAAAACCCUGGUCGCCCGAGCUCUGGCCAAUGAAUGCAGCAAGGACGGGAAGAAAGUCUCGUUCUUCAUGAGGAAAGGCGCCGAUUGUAUGAGCAAAUGGGUCGGCGAAAGCGAACGACAACUCCGCUUACUCUUCGACCAGGCCUACCAAAUGCGUCCCAGCAUCAUUUUCUUCGACGAAAUCGAUGGACUCGCGCCGGUGAGGUCCUCGAAACAAGAUCAGAUCCAUUCCUCGAUCGUCUCCACACUCCUUGCCUUAAUGGACGGCCUGGACAAUAGAGGGGAAGUGGUGGUUAUUGGGGCGACAAAUCGUCUCGAUUCGAUUGAUCCGGCACUGCGAAGGCCAGGGAGGUUUGAUAGAGAACUAAGAUUUGAUCUGCCCGAUAGUAAUGUAAGUUUUUUGGGGGCUUAGUAGAAAAGUAUGAUAAAAUUGAAAACAUUAGUAUUUUUGGAGAAGUUAUUGCAAGUUGGGGUAAAAUACGGAGCAUACAUCUGGGAAUUACGACGAUUUUUUGACUAUAAAGAAAAAAUUUUUAUAUUGUAAUAGGCGAAAUUGAUGAGAACUGGAAAAUUUUCUAAAAUUCUUGGUAAAAUAUAAUCUUUGAUCUGUGGAUAAAUGAGUUAUGGCUAAUUAGAGAAUUAACAGACUAAUUGCAGGAUAGAAGAAGGAUCCUGGACAUCCACACCCACAACUGGGAGCAAGGAAAACCACCCGCGGAAUUGCUCGACUCCCUCUCCGAAAAGACCUCCGGCUAUUGUGGAGCGGAUCUCAAGGCUCUGUGUGCAGAAGCGGUCCUAGUUGCGGUCCGAAAUCGCUACCCUCACAUUUACAUCUCUGACGAUAAAUUGGCCCUGGAUCCGGCUCAAGUCCAAGUGGAGGAAUGGCACUUCAACGAAGCCCUGCGGCGAAUUGUCCCCGCCUCCCGACGCGGACUCACCAUCACCUCAUACAACGUCAAUCCCCGCUCAUCCGUGUUCCUGAAAGCGGUUGUACAAGAAGUUGUCGGAAAAAUCCCCUCAGGCUAUAUUUCGAAAAAUUCGAAUGCAACCCAAAAUGAGUUGGAAAAAGUCAUGGAAAGCCUGAGAAUCCCAUUGACCGUACCGUCCCACCGACUUUUACUACAUUCAAAUGGAGAUCAAGGCCAAACAAGAUAUUAUUUACCAGCUAUCAUCAGAAAACUCGAACAUUUACCUGUGUUUUCGGUCUCCUUUGGACAGCUUUUCGCCAACUCACAACCGGAAGAGAAUUUGUCGGCGGUUAUGCUGGCUAUAACACAAGCAACCAGCAGAGGAUCGUCGGCUUUGCUGGUUUUAUCGGAUAUUGAUGUACUGGAAAGUCAACUCCCUGCUAGUCUUUGGGAUAUGGUAAGUGGAUGAUAAAGAAGUUUUAUGAGGUUGAGAAGGUGGUAGAGACAUUUUGGAGAGGAAACGAAAUGAUGAGAAAUGGUUUUGGGCUAUUUUUUAUAUUGUAGUAGGUAGUAAAAAAAUGUGGAAUUUGAUAUAAAUGGAUGUUUUAAUGGGGAUUCCCUUGGUCUUACGGAGAUUUUGAGAAAAUUUGGUGGAUUUUUAAAUGGUUCAUAUACCUUUUUUAUGUUGUACUAGACACUAAAUGAAAAUUUUUGGAAAUUUUUAAUUGUAAGAAAGAUUGCUUGAGAUUCUUUUCUAAUAACUCAAGAAGGUGCAUUUCGUAUUUUAAAAACAGAUUUUUCUUUUCAUUUUAUAUUUUUUACACUUUAUAUUUUCCAAAUUUUCAGCUGGUGACCUCGAUCGAACGUUUUGACGGAUUCACCCCUCUCCUUUUAUUGGCCACCUCAAAAACAGCGUAUGAAGAAUGCGCAGAGUCGAUCAAGUCCCUGUUCAAACAACGAAACGCCUUGAAGAUCGAAUUGCCAUCAACAGAAAGUCGAAAAGAAUAUUUUGAACAGCUAGUACAAGAUGCGUUUGAAGAGCCAAAAAAUUUCGAUCGUAAGUAAUGUAAAUUAUAUUAAUAGAUUUUUGCGGGACGUAUUUUACAGUGACAAAAGUUUUUUGAUCGAAAAAUUUGAUUUUUGGAAUAAUUCGAAAAAAUUCGUCAUGAUGACACUAUUAGUUUACAAAAGAUAAAAAUUUUGAUUGAAAAAAAUAGAAUAUGGGUGUGAUCUUACACCAAAAAUAAUUUAGAGUUGUAAUUUCAAUUAUUUUUAUUAUUUUUUCAGCCGAACUCCAUCCAGCCCCACCAAAAGUCGACCAAAUCCCAACUUCUUCGGCCCCCCGCCUCACCGAACCCGAACUAAAAUCCUUGGAAAAGACCUACGACCAAAUGCAACGACAGCUCCGCAUCUUCCUCAGAGACAUUUUGGCCCGACUGAUCCGUGAUCGCCGCUUCCAUGUGUUCCAUUUGCCAGUGAGCACCGAAGACGCCGAAGAUUACUACGAAAUCAUCUCAAACCCAAUGAGUUUGAGCGACAUGAUGGGAAAGAUCGACAAGAAACAGUACAUAAAUACCACCGAAUUCCUGCAGGAUAUCGUGUUGAUCAAGGAUAAUGCGUGGGAGUAUAAUCCGGCGACUAGAAUGGACGGUAGGUCUUGUGGAAUAUAAAAAUGGAGUUUUGAAAAAAGUUACAAUUAAAACAAAGCUAAAUAGUGUGAAAAAAGAGACAUUUUUUGGUUAAAUUUAGUAAAUUCAAAGCCUAAGAUGUUUCCAUUUAUUUUAUUUUUCAUUUUUUAGACAUGAAUAUCCGCCACAACGCCGCAGCUCUCUUGGACACCACUGCCGCCCUGUUUGACGCUGAAUUGGACGAUGACUUUGAAAAGAAGCUCACAGAGACUCUGACCCUCAUCAAUGAAACCAAAGACAGGCUGUUUGGAAAGAAGGAAGAGCCAAGGAAAAAGAAGGAGGAAGAAGUGCCUCAAGAAGAAGAGAAAGACGAAGACAUAGAAGAAAAGAAGCCGAAAUCCGACAAAAAAUUGGUCAUCGACAAAGAAAAGAUUGAUGAGGCCGUUGAGUUUGUAAGUUUUAUGAUUUUUUUGUCGUUAUGGGGAUUACGGUAACUUUGGGUACUCUAAAAAAAGUAGGUGGAUUUAUGGGGAAAAUAGUUGUAUUGAAGUGAAGGUUGUGUAGAAUGAUGUGUAAGGGGUCUUGAUGGUUGAUCUAGAACGAUUUUAUGAUCAUGCCCUUAGGGCAAAAGUUACAGGAUUUUUUGUCAGUUGUCGCAUUAUGGCUGAAUUAGUGUUAUUUUGUGGGAAUUUGGGGUUCAAAAUGGAUAGCAAUGGUAAAAUACGUAUUCUUAAACUAAUAAAAAAUUUUAAAAUUUGUAAUUUUAUGGUGUUAAAGGUCAAAAUUUUGAAUUAUAUUAUCCUUGAUAACAGAUGUCAAGUGUGAUAUAAAUAUUUGCGUAUGUUGAUCGGAAUAGAUUAAUUGUGUUUGAAUAUAAAAUUUUAUGGAGGAAUAUUGAGAAUAGGGAGGAAUAUUGAGAAUAGAGAAAUUUUACUGAAAGAAACGGCAAAAUAUCGAUAUUUUGGAAGAGUUGACACUUCGCAACAAAAAAUCAAUAACGCAAAUUGAAAGUAAAAUUUGCAAUCUUUGUUGCAUCUGCCUUGCUACUAGUGUAAUGGAGGCGGUGUAUUUUUAAUUUGAGAGAAAUUGGGGUUUUUGAUUAACAGAUAUAGCCGUUUAUAUCAUACUUGACCAACAAAUUUGAUAUUUUUUUUCGAUUUUUUCAACUUUUUCUGUUGCAGGCCGUCACGCGAACCCACGACUGGACAAUCCAGGACAUUGAAGCGCUCGGUGUUCGCCUCACGCAAGAGAUUCAGGCCCACCGCGACGAAUGGGACAGAUCUAAUCUGGGCCGCAGGCUUUACGAAGAGGUCUGCAAAUUCGAAAAGGAUUAA